GCUUACAUCAACCGCAGCAUGGUGUAUUGAUCAACCACUUCCAUAGCAAACAUGAAGGUCUUGCCGAGAAAGGAGCAAAACUCCCUGGGCCAGGGCUCGCACAUCCUCCCAACCCAGCUCGAGGAUGUCCUCCCCGUGAGCCUGUCCAUCACGGCCACGGACGAGGAGCGAGCCAGCCUGCUCGAGUCCAUCCUCUCCCCGCCCACCAUCCCCGGCGUUGCCCUCCAGACGAACGAGUUCAGAGGGGGCCCGGACGCCGUGUCCAAAGAGCAGUUCCGAAAGGGGCUGCUGGCCGAGCUUCGCAAGGGCUGGACCGACGUGGCUACCGAAGCUCGCUUCAUCAGGCUCGUCGAGCUCCUGCAGCGCGAUGGCUGCGCCGUCUUUGCUGGGCUGAUUGACGUCCCGGCGUUCCUCCAGCUCAUUGAGCAGUUCACCAAGACCAUGAGCGACUCAGGGACUCAUGCCUUCUUACACUCCUUUGCCAACCUAAUCGACCACCCCGACAUCCUCCUCAACGAAGAAUUCAACGACGCCAUCAUCCACCCCCUCGUGAUUGCCCUCUUGUCGUACGUCAUGGGUGGCCCCAUCAGAAUAACCGAUGCCCGCGGCAAAGACACGCAGCCCAUCUCCGUCAAUGCGCAGGACAACAUGCUGCACAUCGACAACACUCCCUUUCGAGAGGAGUACAAGAUCCUUCUGGGUUGGGAAAAGGGCCAGGUCAAGGGUCCCACCGGCCAGAACUUUACAUUCCUUCCCGGAACGCACAAGGGAAACCGCCUCAUCAACGUGGAUGAGCGAUCCCAGCCCUGGUCGACGGAGAACAGCAGCCUGUUCAUCACCGACGACAGCCUUGAGAGCGUCCUCGAGUUCCAGAAGAACAUCACGGGCAACGCGCCCAAGAUUGUAGAGCUAGAGUAUCCAGAGCAGCCCGUCACUGUGGUCUUCAACGCAGGCUCUCUGGUCCACCACCGUUAUCGCAACAACAAUGGCAGCACCCGCAGCUGCGUCAUCACUGCCUUCCAUCUUGCGUCCGAUCACCCAGGCGCUCUCCUCGCCUCGAAGGCGAAUGAACAGCCAGAGACCAUUGCGGACGCCCUUCUGGGCUUCCAGGACGGGAACCAGGUAGAGAUCUUUUACUCUUUGGUCCGUGGCAAAGCUUCAGCCAUCGAAGCCAAGAUUGUCGACAUUCUCGACGAGAGCCACCAGUCCACUCUCGUCGACACCGCCAACCUGACGCUGUCCGGCGAGCGCCUCACUCGCUGGCGAGAAAUCACCCUCCACGCCCCGUCCGCAACGGAGCUCAAGUUCGAGGGCAGCAACUACCUCUCCUUCGCAGGCGACGCCAUCCCCCGCGAUCUCCUCGUCGAGAAGCUCGCCGCCGCCAUGGCCUACGACAAGCACGGCCUACUAGACCUCAUCAUCUACCAGGACGGCCACGAGGAGAUCCGCAAGCCCGCGCGCAAGAGCGUGUGGACCAUGUCCAAGGACAAGAUCGCCGCCAUCCUCUCCGCGUGGCUGCCCGCCGUCGAGGGUUACCGCUUUUCCGUCGCCGACGUGCAGAGCCCCGCGGUGCUCCAGCGCAAGGCCUACAAGGUCGCCCAGCUCAUGCGGGAGAGCUUUCCGAACAUUGACUUUGAGCGCAAGACGGACCUGGGGAUGAGCAAGGAGGAGCAGCAGCUGUUUUCGGCGCAGCAGCUGAUUCAUGACUUGGGCGAGUCGAUUUCGCGGUGCGAGAAGAUUGAGACGUACAUUACUACGAACCUGUUCCUUUUCUUCAUCAUCGAUCAGAUUAUCCCUUCGUUUGACUGGGUGUUACGGCAGAGGGUCAUUGCGACGUGUGCCAUUUUCUUGAGGGCGUAUAUCGCUUGCGUAUUGGUGGUGGAGAAGAACCACGGGAUUUGAGAAACAAUGGUUGAUUAGCUAGUUUGUAAGUCGUGCUUUGCAACUAUGAAGAAAAAAA